AAUAUGGAAGGGUGGGCGAAGACCUCCUUAGAAAACUAGGAGAAGGGGGAAGGAUUCCCAGUCGACACUAGCAACUAUAGUUAUUAUUGAGCACUUAAGUUGGAAUAAAAGUCUUUGAUGUACGUUUGAUGUGCGUUUGGUGUACGUUAGAAAGGGGAAUCAGGUGGAGUUUCCCCUGCGCCCUCCCCCACAAGCUCGUGGUGCUGGAUCCGCUCCAGCCCCGCCCAGCUCCGCGGCCGCCUUAGACGGGAUCUGACUGAGGUCAACUCAAGUCAUGCAGGUUGUAAGAAACGCUGGGUCCUGGUUCUUGCGGUCAUGGGCUUGGCCGCCGACGACCAGGAUCGUGGCCGGAGUGCCGGGCCCCCCCAUCCACAUGAGCGCCCAACAGAUGCAGGACGCAGCGGCCAAGCAGGAGGUUGAGAAGGCGGAAACUCCGGCUCCAGCUCCGAGCCACAGCAGCUUCAGCAUUUACCCUCCAGUUCCAGGACAGGAGAGCUCUCUGAGGUGGGCAGGAAAGAAAUUCGAGGAGAUCCCAAUCGCACACAUUAAAGCCUCCUACAACAACACACAGAUCCAGGUGGUCUCGGCUGCUCACCAGCCCCUUGCCCGCGCCUCUUGUGGCACGGAGGGCUUUCGGAAUGCCAAGAAGGGCACGGGCAUCGCAGCACAGACAGCGGGCAUCGCUGCCGCAGCGAAAGCUACAGGAAAAGGCGUGACCCACGUCCGAGUUGUGGUCAAAGGCCUGGGGCCCGGGCGCUUGUCUGCCAUCAAGGGCCUGACCAUGGGGGGCCUGGAAGUGAUCUCAAUCACAGACAACACCCCCAUCCCACACAACGGCUGCCGCCCCAGGAAGGCACGGAGGCUGUGAGGGCCAGGAAUCCUGCACCCACACCCGACGUCAAGUCCUGCCUCCAGCUGGGCCUGCCCAAACUCUGCAGGCCGGGCUUGUUGAGAGCCGUGGACAGUAAGCAGGAGCCUCGCCUCCUCACUUGGCGGCCUUUGCUCCUCUGAGUGGAGAGCAGUGUGGCCGGAACUGAGGCCCUGCCUCUCUUAGACACGAGGGGAGUUAAAGGGCAGCUUGACCCAGAUUCCCGGCAGUAAAUGCUGCUUCUCUUCUGAAAAAAUAAAAUUAUUUCCACCA